AUGAGAAUAUUGCGAGCACACUUAUGUGAAUAUACUCGUAUGAGUGCACUUACUGAACAUUCUCAUGAGAAUAUUAAAAACAUAAUUAUAUCUAUAUGA